CAGUGGUUAAAGAAAAGGCGGAUUGGCUUUUUUAAGUGUACGGAUAUAGCUUUGUCCACGGGCUGUAGACCUGUAGGCCUGCAAUAAAAACAGGCAUCACAUUCAUUCAUACCUACUAGGCUACAUUUACUUUGCAUGUCCCCUCCUUCACCGCAGAGGGUGCUCUGACUUAUAAUUCAAGUAGGCUGCUGUCAUUUACUGAAGAAGAAGAGCUCUUCCCAGCUGUGUUUUCAAAAACAGAAUUGACCCUCCAUGAGAAGCCAUGAGCGUCCCAGACUACAUGCAGUGCGCUGAGGACCACCAGACGGUGCUGGUGGUGGUGCAGCCGGUGGGCAUCGUGCCCGAGGAGCAGUUCUUCCGCAUCUACAAGCGCAUCGCCAGUGUGAGCCAGGUGAGCGUGCGCGACUCGCAGCGCCAGCUCUACAUCCGCUACCGCCACCACUACCCGCCCGAGAACAACGAGUGGGGAGACUUCCAGACGCACCGCAAGGUGGUGGGCCUCGUGUCUGUCACCACCUGCGCCACGCCCAAGGAGUGGCCACAGACGUCUGACCGCUUCCACGGCCAGAAGGAGGUGUACGGCGCCACGCUGUACGACUCGCGCCUGCUGGUGUUCGGCCUUCAGGGUGAGAUCGCAGAGCAGCAGCGCACCGAUGUGGCUUUCUACCCCAGCUACGACGACUGCCCAGAUGUGGAACGCCGGGUGGAGGACUUUGUUGAGUCCAUCUUUAUCGUGCUCGAGUCCAAGCGGCUGGACCGCGCCACAGACAAGUCUGGAGACAAGAUUCCACUCCUUUGUGUGCCAUUUGAGAAGAAGGACUUUGUGGGUUUGGACACAGACAGCAGGCACUAUAAGAAGCGCUGCCAGGGGCGCAUGAGGAAGCACGUGGGGGACCUGUGUUUGCAGGCGGGCAUGUUGCAGGACGCCCUGGUGCACUACCACAUGGCUGUGGAGCUGUUGCGCUCUGUCAAUGACUUCCUGUGGCUGGGAGCGGCGUUAGAGGGCCUGUGCUCUGCAUCAGUCAUAUUCCACUACCCUGGAGGCACCGCUGGGAAAACAGCGGGCCGGAAGCCCAGUGUCUCCCAGGCAGCAGACUCUGGAAAGAGGCACAGACCAGGGGCACAGGAGGUUCUCAUUGACCCAGGGGCACUCACCACCAAUGGCAUCAAUGCGGACACCAGCACAGAGAUUGGGCGGGCCAAGAACUGCCUCAGUCCAGAGGACAUCAUUGAGAAGUACAAAGAAGCUAUCUCCUACUAUGGAAAGUAUAAGAAUGCUGGUGUGAUUGAGCUGGAGGCGUGUGUGAAGGCUGUCCGCGUCCUGGCGAUCCAGAAGAGGGCCAUGGAGGCUUCAGAGUUCCUCCAGAAUGCUGUCUACAUCAACCUGGGCCAGCUGUCAGAGGAAGAGAAGAUCCAGCGCUACAGUGUCCUCUCUGAGCUUUACGAGCUCAUUGGCUUCCACCGUAAGUCGGCCUUCUUCAAGCGAGUGGCCGCCAUGCAGUGUGUGGCCCCCACCAUCCCUGAGCCAGGCUGGAGGGCCUGCUACAAGCUGCUGCUGGAGACUCUGCCUGGCUACAGCCUCUCCCUCGACCCAAAGGACUUCAGCAAAGGGACUCACGCUGGGUGGGGAGCCAUCUCUCUCCAUCUUCUGCUGUCUCUGGUCUUUUCUUCUCUUCGCCCACAGAAUAACAUUGUUUUCCCUCAUCUUUUCUUUCUCAUUUGUCCAUUCACAGAAAAGAAAGAAGUGACCCAGAGUCUGGAGAACUACACCUCUAAGUGCCCAGGUGGGAUGGAGGUGAUCACUCUGCCUGAUGGCAUGAAGCUGCCCCCGGUGCCCUUCACCAAGCUGCCCAUCGUCAGGUCUGUGAAGCUGCUGAACUUGCCGGUCAGCCUGCGGCCCCACAAAGUGAAGGCCCUAUUGGGCCAAAGCCUGUCCAGCAAGAGCCCCUUCAUCUACUCACCCAUCGCCAUGCACAACCGCGGAGACGAGCGUAACAAGAAGAUCGAGUUCCAGUGGGUGCGCGGGGACGUCUGCGAGGUGCAGCUGAUGGUGUAUAACCCCAUGCCCUUCGAAUUGCGUGUGGAGAACAUGGGGCUCCUGACCUCCGGGGUGGAGUUUGAGUCUCUACCGGCGGCCCUCUCCCUGCCCGCCGAGUCAGGCCUCUACCCCGUCACCCUGGUGGGAGUGCCACGCACCGCCGGCAACAUCACCAUCAGCGGCUACCACACAUCUGUGUUUGGUGUGAGCAGUGACUGUCUGCUGGAGGGGCUGUCAAUGGUGAAGGCAGGUGGCUGCAUGGUGGAGGUGGUGCCGUCUCUCCCCCGCCUGCAACUCAGCACCUCCCUACCACGGUCAGCACAUCCCACGUCAGAGGACUUAUCGAGCAGUGUGUCUCUCCAACUGUUUAACGGGGAGUGCCAGCAGCUCACCAUCACGCUGGAGAACAUCGGCACUGAGAACCUGGAGACACUGGAGCUUGCUUCCAAGACCCUGACCACCAAAGAGAAGCUGUUUGGGGAGUUCCUGAGCUGGGACCUGCAGGAGGCGCUCUCCCACCUGCCCUUGAAGCCUGGCCAGUCCCUCACCAUCCCCGUCUGCAUCAAGGUCAAGCUGGACUUCUCCGGACAGGAAAACCUGCUGCAGGAUCUCAACGAUGAUGGCAUCAGUGUGACCGGUCUGCCCAUCUCCAGCCCACUCCGGCAGGUCUUGAAACCACGCGCCGAGUCCAAAGCCGUCAGCAGUGAGCCUGGGAAGGCCGAGUACAACCAUGUCAAGACUCUCGAGGCCGUGCUGAGUUUUAAGUACUCCGGAGGAGCAGGCCACUUGGAGGGCUACUACCGCGAGCUAUGCAUGGGGGUGCACGUGGACGUGGAGCCGUCGGUCUUCUUCACGCGGGUCAGCACUCUCCCCGCCACCAGUACACGUCAGUGCCACCUGCUCUUGGAUGUGUUCAACUCAACGGAGCACGAACUCACAGUCAGCUCCAAGAACAACCAGGACCUGCUGCUGCAUACAAGCGAGUGCCAGAGGAUGGCUAUCCAGGUGGAUAAGUUUGCCUUUGAGAGCGUGCUGGCCCCGCAGGCUGAGGGGGAGGGUGCUGGCGGUGUCCCUGAGCGCUUCAGCAGCCCCAAGCAGCUGGAGGAGCAGCGGCUGCUGGCCCAGAGCAGCCUCAUCAACAGCACCCUCAACAUCCGCUGGACUAUCCCGUCUCUGCAGCGCCAGGGUGAAGCGAGCGUGGAGGGCGUGCUCAACCAGCUGGUGCUCGACCAUCUGCAGCUGGCACCACUACAAUGGGAUGUGCUGGUGAGCGGGAAGGCGUGUGACUGUGACGCCGUGGCCGAGUGCCGUGUGGGCGAGCCGGUGGCGCUGGAGGUGCGGCUGACCAAUCGGAGCCGGGCGGCGGUGGGGCCCUUCGCCCUGAGCGUGGUGCCCUUCCAGGACUACCAGAACGGCGUGCACAGCUACGAGCUCAGCGACGCGGUCACCUUCAUCGGCUCCAACACCUUCCACAUCAACACGGUGGAUCCAUCCGAGGGGUCAGUGUGCCGCGGGGCGCUGCUCUUCCUCUACACGGGAGACUUCUACCUGAACAUCAAGUUCCAGGAUGACCGCUUGGGCUCGGGCCCUGGCCGAGAGCUGCCCGCCGCCUGGUUCUGCCUGCCCAGCGUGCACAUCCGCACCCUGGAGUCCCCCAUCGAGAACGGCGCCUGAAUGGGACCGAGAGAGGGAGAGCCUGCUGGGGAGAGCCACUGGAGGAAGAGAGAGAGAAAGAGAAAUGAAGGAUGUAUGAGGAUUUGUUGUAAAGGGCAAAUCUGCAUUUAUAGAUUUAUGUAGUGUUACGUAGCAUACAUAUUUACAUGCUACGUGUAACUACGUGUUUGCAUACAUACAGACACACACACACACACACACAUACAAACACACACAUACAUAGACAGACAAGUUAUGCAUAAUAGGCACUGGAUUUUGAUGGUGUGGGAGGUGGCUGUCUCAUAAUGAUGGCAUGUAAAUAUGUUUUAUAAUGUUGUGUUCACUGUUUGGACAGAUUUUAUUGCAUCAUGCUAGUGAUGAGCUAUUUUCUUUUCCUAGCAAGUGUAAAUGGGAGCCAAACUCAUCAUGUGUUAGAGAUUUGGACAUCUCUCUACAGGAGCACUGAUGACGCUGAGCACAGGUCACAUUUUGCUUGUGUUACUUACCUGUGCAAUACUUUUCAUGUGUUUGGUACUUUUCCUAGUGCCUGAAAAAAAAAAUUCACACAGUAAAUGUGACGUCUGUGAGAAGUCCAAAAGACUUCCAAUAAACAGUGGCAUAUUUUCUCCCUUCCUCCAACCCAGAUUCCCAGCCUCACAGCGUCCAUUUCUCUUUGCCCCCCCCCCCACUUCUCUCUCUCAAAAACAAGAGCGAUCAAUCAUAAUGCUUUUAGUGGAGAGGGGCCUCGCGGUGAGAGACUUUUCUGAGAAAAUGAGUUCCUGUCCACCCCACACCCCAACCUCUCUCUCUCUUUCUCUCUCUCUCUCUCUCUCUCUCUCUCUCUCUCUCUCUCUCUCUUUCUCUUUCUCUCUUUUCUCCUGCUGUCUCCCACUGUUCUUUCUCCAUGUCUGGCUCGGGGAAGGAGUGUUAAGGGCUGACAAAGCCACUGGGCUAAGUGGGUAUUUAGCCCUUGAUACCGGAUGAAUAUGUGAGAGAGAGAAAAAAAACGUCCCUCCAGUUCCAAUCAGCUUCUUAGAGUGGACAGUCCCACUGGAUGUCAUCCUAUGAGCUUGUCUCUACAUGAGCUCCAGGCAAAGGCAUAAGAGGAUGUUGUGCACUUCCAUAUGGAAUUCAUUGUUAUUUUUUUUUCUUCUUCUAGUGAUUUAUAUUAUGAAACUUGCAUUUAAGCCAAAAUGGAAAAUUGAACAGUUAUUAUGAAUCAUGAUUUUGUUUUGAACGUUAUUUAAUCGCAGGCUUCAAUUAAACACUGAAUGUAAAAUAUAUAUUCAUCAUUUAUGACGGUGAAACUCAUCAGGAGAAAUAGCCUGUAUUUAUGAGUAGCAAACCCACUCGCACAAGCUGUGCAGUAAUGUCAAUUCUUUUCACUCCACUUUUCAUCUUUUAUGUUGUUGUCGUCUUUUCAUUAUUUGACUUAACAAUUGUGCUACUGAGAUUUGUUUGUGAAGAUAAUUUUUGAUGUUGUUCUCAAUCAAUAUCUCUCUAUUAAAAACAAAAUGUCACUUAAAUGCUAA